AUGAGCGAUGCUUACGUCGAGACCCUUGGGCAGAUGGUUUCUGUUCUUCAGGAAUACAAGCCUGGCUUAGUUACUUUGGACAAUGUCACUCGAUUAUGCAAGACAUUACGGUUGGAAUCUUUCACGGACAACAUUGACAGCAACACAGUGCGUCUUUCUGCAGCAUCAAAUAUCAUUGUAAUAGAUAUGGACUUUCUGAAAAACGAGAAACAGGUCAAGGACGUCAAACUGGUGCUUGCAAGUAACUUCGACAAUUUCAACUAUUUCAAUGACGGUGACAAUGGGAAUAUCUUAUUCAAUGCAUUGAAGUGCUUUCCUGACUUACAAACGUUUUAUUAUAACCUGAAAUUCUUAUCGGUGCUGGACGCCCACUCUAGCGUCGAAACGGAAGCGUCCAGCUCUUCCAAAAGUGAAAAACUGGAUCUUUUCAAAUAUUUCACUGAACUACCAGAACAACUGCGAUCCUACUUCUCAGAUACGUCUUUCAAUGCAGAAAUACGCACCAACGUCGAUAACAGAUUUGGGAUUUAUAUUUGGAGUGAAGGAAAGCAAAUCGCCAAAAUUUCGAUCGAGGAAAGCAUUGGUGCAGACACUGAUCGAUUGUACGACUACCGUUAUUCUGGUGGUACGUGGAAUUGCGAAAGUCUUGAUAACGUUGCUUCAGGCGUGAUGUUAAGCUUGCAAGUUUGCGAUUCUGAUCUAUACUUUCCCCAGGAGCUCAUUUCUGAAGAUUUAGUGCUGGAUGCUGAGUACCAGAAUUCGUUUUCCGUGGUAAACCACCAAAAAUCGAUUCAUCUCUACAAUGAGACAACCACUUCUUUCAUACAGGCCUCAAAAUUCAAUAUCAGCAACGAUAAGAUCGAACUCCUGGCGGAACUUCUCAAGUGGGUCGGUUGGUGGCAGAAUGUGCUCUCCAAAGUGCUGCAAACCUUGAAAUGUCCACAGCCUUCAAUCGAGCCGAAAAGACGCACUUCUUCGAAUUCCAACUUGAUGGCAUCGCGAAGGCGUGCAAGCACUACUCGCCGCCGCAGAUCCUCUCAAAUGGGUCACCGUCCCAGCCUGAACGAAUCCAGUAUGAUGAAAGACGGUGGGCUACAGCAAUUUACUUUGAACGAAGUGAUGAGCCAAGCUGUCAUCGAAGAUGAGGAGCCUUCCGAGAAAACCGACCUUGUUUUAAAUGAAGAUUCUGUGACUCUCGGCAACGAGCGUUGUGAUAACAGGAUGGGGCUGCCAGAAUGGGAAGCAUUUAUGCUCAAGUUCUCGGAAGCCGUUGUGUAG